GUCACUGUCCUGCGACGCUGAGGAUUUUCCCUGAGACGGAGAAGAAAGCCUUACGUUUCACCUUAAAGAGAAAUGUCUCUACAUGUGGUUGAAGGAACACCCAGCAAGAAGCGAAGACCCAACUGGACAGACCAGGAGUCUCUUCUUCUUGCUCACUUAAUGCAGGAGAGGAAAGACAUUGUCAGAGGGAAGUACAGCACCGGAGUUUCAAUCAAAGCCAAGAGACGUGCCUGGGAAGAGAUGGCUCAAGCCAUCAAUGCUGCUUUUCCACAGGUUCAGCGCACAGUUUCUGACUGUAACAAGAAAUGGGAAAAUCUGCUGGCAAAGGCAAGGGAGGAAAUCAAACGACAGAAAAGACAAGUGGGUAAAGAUGCAGUCCUAUCCAUUGAACAGUUCAGUGCCGUGACCCAAAUAGUUAUUUCCGUGAUGAACCUCUCAGACAUGCUGCAACAGGACAAAGACGACUCUUCAGUCUCAGAGCUGAUGGAAAAUGAACACAACAGCUCUGAUAAAGACGGAAAUGCUGACACAGUAAACGAAAGAUUCACAAACAAGUGCCCAUUGGCUGAACAUGAGCUCCCUACAUAUUCAGAUCCAUCCAUCUGUCCAGCAGCACAAAAAACUACUUUUUCCAACACUGCAAAAUCAUUCACUGUGCAGCUUGGCACUCCUCAUGCGGUUGUCUUGACAGACUCUGGAGAACAUCUGGGUACUUCCUGCUCUACCUGUCCACCAUCAGCACACUGCACAAAUCUGCAGGAGCGAAUGGAUUUGGAAAUGUCUGUGCUGAGAAGACAAGAGGAAGUCCUGAAGCUGCAACAGGAAUAUUACACGCUUAAAAUAAAGCUGAUGAAAGAGCAAAUGGAAGAGUCACCUCAAAAAGACUGAAAAAGCAAGGCACCUGUGUGUGAUUUGUGCCUGAAUGUGAAAUUCUACAAUUUUAUUUAGCAGACGCUUGUAUCCAAAGCGCACAAUGUGACCAGCGAGACUUUAAGUAGUGGGAUUCGUCUGUUUUACAGUUCAAAUGUGUAAUGUUUUCUGUACAGCACAGUGUGAUGGAACAAUGAAAAGCAUUGUGUGGUUGAAAACUUUUCCAUAAUAAACUCUUCUUUCCAUAUUCCGAGAAACAAACAUCAGAUUUGUUCCGUCACACUAAUGAGAAGGCAGUGCCACUUCUGUCCUCAUCCUUCCAGUAAAAAAUAUCUUGUGACCUGGUCAGCUAGUAACAUUCAUCUUUUAGUGCAUCUGCAAAUGUACAAAUUAGAAUUUAUUUUGGAGAACGCUGCUGGCCAUGAUAGCAACCAACAUGCCUAAUGUUGGGCUGAGGAUUUAUGGUCUAUGAGACAUGUUGGAUGGUUUCCAAUGCUUUUUCAGGGCCUUGUAUUCAGAGACUGUGCCAUUUCUGUGCUGGACCAUGAUGCUGCAAGACAACCUCUGGCUUGUAGUAUUGUGUGUGUGUGAGAAAAUGCUUUUUGUGUCUAGCUUAAGUUGUCAUUUUUCUGUGAGAAAGUAUUUUAUUCCCGGUGUGCAUUAAUGGUUAUGGUCAAACAGCAAUUUUGUCUGUUCCAGGCAUCUAUAUAGCUGAAACCACAGUCAGUUUUAUUACCGCUGUACAGUCGGGUAGCUGAUGACUGUGUAUCAGAGCUAACCAAAACUUGUUAAAUUACAUAGUUUAUGCUAGAAUUUUUGUUUGUUGUUGUACUUGAUUACAGUCAUUACAAAAGCGUUCUUAAUUUUUUUGUAGCACUCUGUUUCCUACAGGCCUAUCAUUUGUUAUUUGAGUUGUUGAAAAAGUAAUCCAGUGUGGUGUGCUGUGUCGUCUGUUUAGACUCUAAACAGACGACAGUCUAAACGUAAGACUAAGUGGAAUGCAAUGUGAAUGUUGCAGAGUGAGAUACAUCUUGAGUUAAUGAAUUUGUCACGUCACACUUUUUUAUUGCCGUUUCAGUCUCUGAACAAAACAUGAAAAAAGUGCUGUAAUUCAUUAAAGAA